AUGUCUCCUGACUUGCUUCCCAAUUAUCUACACCAGAGGCUUCUCCUGGGCAAGGCAAAAACCAAGUACCACUGCUGCUGUAAAACUGACUCCGACGUCGGAGAGAUUGAGGCCAAAUUUGUAUACUGUCAGAAUUUUCAGAACUAUCUUGGUUGGCAUCACCAGGCCCUGAGAGCACAGUGCAGGCCAGCAUUGAAGAUCCCACUUUUCAAGAUGAAGAACCUGAUACUGAUCUUGUGCCUCCUGGAAAUGAGUUCUGCGGUGCCGGUGUUUCCUCAGCAACCUGGGACGCCGGGCAUGGCUAGUUUGAGCCUGGAGACAAUGAGACAGUUGGGCACCUUGCAGGGAUUAAACAUGCUUUCUCAGUAUUCAAGAUUUGGCUUUGGGAAAUCAUUUAAUUCUUUGUGGAUGCAUGGUCUCCUCCCACCACAUUCCUCCUUCCCAUGGCUGAGACCAAGGGAACAUGAAACUCAACAGUAUGAAUAUUCUUUGCCUGUGCACCCCCCACCUCUCCCAUCGCAGCCAUCCCUGCAGCCUCACCAGCCCGGGCAGAAACCUUUCCUCCAUCCGACCGUUGUCACCGCCAUCCAAGACACAAUCCAGAAGGGAGGACCUCAGCCUCCCGUUUACCAGGGACAGCCACCCCUGCAGCAGGAAGAGGGGCCAAUCAUUCAACAGCAGGUGGCACCAUCAGAUAAGCCACCAAAGGCCGAGCUACCAGGAAUGGAUUUUGCUGAUCCACAAGGUCCAUCAAUAUUCUCAAUAGCCCGUUUGAUAUCUCAGGGACCGCUGCCACAAAAUAAACCAUCUCCACUUUAUCCAGGAAUGUUUUACAUGUCUUAUGGAGCAAAUCAAUUGAACGCCCCUACCAGACUGGGCAUCAUGAGCUCAGAAGAAAUGGCGGGAGGCAGAGGAGGCCCCAUGGCCUAUGGAGCCAUGUUCCCAGGAUUCGGAGGCAUGAGGCCGAGCCUCGGAGGGAUGCCUCCCCAUCCAGGCAUGGGUGGGGACUUUACUCUGGAAUUUGACUCCCCAGUUGCUGCAACCAAAGGCCCAGAGAAGGGUGAAGGAAUUGUGCAGAGCUCCCCAGUGCCGGAGGUCAACCCGGCCAACCCAGAAAACCCAGCUCUCCUUCCAGAGGUAGUAGUGCCUAGUGCCCUUGGGGGGCUUCUUGCUCUCCCGAAGGGUGAUAUUCCCAACCUGGCCAGGGGCCCUGCAGGGCACAGCAAGGGAUCCCCCAGGGUUACUCCAGCAGCUGCGGACCCACUGAUGACCCCUGGAUUAGCUGAAGGUUACGAGUCCUAUGGUGCUGACACGACCACACCCUUGGGAGAAACGACCGUGGAUACCACAGUGACCCCAGACACAGAGCAAACAUCGAUGCCGGGAAACAAGGCCCAGCAGCCCCAUAUUAUGCACAAUGCAUGGCAUUUCCAAGAGCCCUGA